UCUUCUAACAAAAGAUGGCGACUUCAAGAGGUAGUUGUCUUGUCGUCAUAAGCUCUGCAGUUGAAGGUAUGGCCGACACUCAUUACAAAUUAUUAUUAUCCAUGCCGAUUUCGAUUAAUACAUAUUAAAGCUUUAGAAGAGCUCUCUGUUGAGGUAUUUUUUUCCAAAUUGUCCUGGUUUUGACUUAUUUCAGGAUGAGGGGGCGUGGCAAUACUAUUAUUAUUAUAAUAAUAUUAAUAAUAAUAUUAUUGAAUUGUAAUUGUCUAUAUACUGAAAUACUGUUUGUGUUACUACUUCUACUACUACUCUACUAGUGUUACUGUUAACUUAGUAAAGUAUUCACCACUAUUAGACAUUAGAGUAUUAGUAUUGGUGUCAUUAUUCAACUCAUUACUAAUACUAAUUACUAAGAUUACUAUACUAUAUUAUUAUAUUAGUAUUAGUAUCAUUAAUGACUAUUCGUACCCGGGUACCAGAAGUGAGAGGUUGGUAUUAAAAAACUAUUUAAAAUAUUAUUGUUGGGUUUGUAAGACAAAAUGAUGUAUCAAAUGAAAGAUAAUUGAAUUGACUAUAUUAUUAUAUUAUGUUUGUUAACUUACUUGUCUUCAGUUUAACUGAAAUAAACUACCACAAAUGACAUCCGAAUAGCAUUGGUCUAAUGGGACCCGGGUGCGAAUGGCAGCACUGCAUGUCCGGGGCCAUUUUGACUAAAUACCACCCCAUGCCAUGUCACAAACUGUUACACUUCUGUUAGACCGCCUACCCCCUCUGGAGCUUGAUAUACUUUAUGGACGGCACCAUAGUACGUAGGCUAUAAAUUGUAGGCUUACAUUUUUAUUAGGCCUACUAAUUGCUUUUAGUAAUUUAAAGCUACAUAAAAAUCUUAAGUGCCAUUGGGUUACACAUAUUAUUUAUCUAGUAAUGUAGUUCAUGCUUAAAAUAAUUAGGAAUCAUUCAUUGCUACAAUUUUCAUUCCAUUUACUUUUAUUGACUUAUUGCCUGUCCUUGACCACGUUCAUUAAUGAUGUGAUUGUAAUUAUCUUGUAUUUACCAUCAAGUGAGGUAUUUCUGCUUCCGUUCAGUUGAAAAAACAAAAACAUUUUAGCUAUAUUCUAUCUUAAAUCAAACACACAUUUUACAAUGACUGUGAGAGGGAGGGCAUGACAUACACAUGCUGUAGGAUGCUACUCUAUUUUAAUGCCGCAUUUCUCAACCUUUUGAUAGAGCAUUGACCCAAUCACAGUGAAAAUAAUAACAUAUGCAAGUUGUGGGUGAUCCAAAGCCAGAAUUUUUCCUAAAAAUUGAGAAACUGAUAUUGAGAAGUUAAAGAGGAUUGGUAUUAACUAUUCAUUUUUUUUAUUAAAUUGCCAAUAUUUUAUAAGCCCAAUGUAUAGUUUUUAAGCAGAAAAAAUAAAAUGACAAGAAUACAGAGGAAAAAAGUCAUAAUUAUAUAAAAUCUGAAUAAUUUAAAAUAAAAGGAGAUGGCCUGAUCAAUGUUUUAUAAUUAAUUUUGGUACCACAUCUACUGUAUGAUUUAUUGUUUGUUAUGCAGCUGUAGUGAGGUGACAAUAAUAAACCACUGAUUCACUGCAGUGUAGUGACAAUAAUAAACAUCACUCUGUAACUAAUAUUUGAAUUUUAAAAUGAAACUGGAAAAGGGGAACAAAUAAGAUUAGGAAGCACGUGUUGUUUUUUUUAAACACCCCCCCCCCCCCCCAAAAAAAUUAUGACAUUCAUGAGCUACCCCGUAGCAAAGUAUAAAGCCACCCCAAGGGGUCAUCACCCACAGGGUGAAAACCACUGUUUAAUGAAAUACUAAUGGAAGCAGCACUAAGUGACAAAGGCAUGGCAAAUGAUUUAGUUGAGAAAAAUUUAAGAAAAGGAACCAGUUUUGACUGUAAGAAUUUGCUUUCUUAAUCCCCCAGUCACUCACAAGGAACUGAUCUCAACUAUCCCACUGGCAAGGGAUAAAUGGGGUUGGUUAAACAAGUUGUUGUUGACCAUUAUUUGAGUUUUUAUACUGUGUACAUGUUUUUGAGUCAGUCUUCAACUAAGCCACCUAAAUUCGUUACUACAAAGCAAUUUUUUAACACAUCUUCAGCAUAAACUAUUCUUUAGUUCAACGUUUUUUACUAGUUAUAAAAAUGUUUUCAUGUUCUUGCUCUCAAUGUAAUCUGCAGGUGUCUCAGCUGCCUCUUUUAUGCAAGCAUGUACUCUGGUCAACCAAAGUUUUGCUAUUCAGUUGGCAUCCCCAGGGGUACUGUUUUAACAUUUAUUUUAAUAUAAAAAGCAACUACUUUUAAAUUAAUGCAAAAGGUAAAUAAAUAGCUGAUUUUUUAAUAAUUUUUUUUUAAAUAAUUAAAAAUUUGAGUUCAUACUUAUUUCAGUGAUGGGUCAAAUAUGUGUAGUGAAAUUGGAAACAUUUUUUUUUACUUCCCAUGCAAUCCUUUUUUUAAAUAUUUAUUAUACACUUUGCAGGGUCGACAAGCAGAGUAUAUAAAUCAAGAUGAUUCAAACAGAAGAUGGUUCAAUGAAUUUCGAUCCAAAGCUAGCUCAACACCUAUAGGCUUAGAGACUGUUGAUGGUAAGAUGUCCUUGUUUUUAAUGUCUUUAGACUGUAUAAAUAGUUUUAUCUAAAUAUUUAAAGAUGCAUAUUUUUCAUUAACGUGAGAAGUAUCAAAGUAAACAUGUUUGAAACAACAACACAUAUUUGUUUAAUCAUAUGUUUAUUAUCAGGCUAAACAUGAAUUGAAAAACUAAAUUGCUUUUGCAUGUUCCAAUCAAAAUGAUUUGAUGAAUAAACUGGUCAUCCAUCCAUCCCUGUGGUUCUACAGCCCAUGUAGGGCUUUGGCCUGCCUCAAUACUUCGACUUAACUAAUACUUUUCUUUUCCAUGUUUAGAUUCCCAGUUGUUGUAGAUUUUUUCCACACCAUUCAUCCAUAUAAGCCUAGGUCUACCUCUGAGCCGUUUUCCUCUGGGGUUUUGGUGGUGCACCCUCUUCACUCCUCUGUCAUUUGGCAUUCUCUCUAGGUGUCCUGCCCAGCGUAGCCUGCCCUUUUUUAUUUCUGCUACUGUCGUGGGAUCCUGAUAUAGACUGUACAAUUCAUGGUUGGUUGGUAUUCUCCAUCCAUAUUCAUCCUUAGUUGGUCCAUAUAUUUUCCUGAGAACUUUUCUCUCCCAUGUGUUUAAUAAGUUUUCUGUCGUUUUUGUUAGGGUCCAAGUUUCACUUGCAUUUGUUACAACUGGUCUGAUUAGAGUUUUAUAAAUAAUUUACUUUGUUUCUCUUGUAAUGUUUUUACUUUUGAGUAUUUUCUGACUACUGAACUACCCUGUUUCCUGAUGAUAUUCUUUCUUUUAUUUCUGUUAGGAAUUCAUUUCUUUCAUUUAAUAAAGAUCCAAGGUAUUUGAAUUGAUUUACUUUUUCAAAAGUCUGGGUUUCUAAUUUUAAUUGCUUCAUCUGUCUGUUCUUCUCUUAUCAUAGUCAUGUAUUUUGUUUUUUGUUUGUUAACUUCCAGCCCUGCUUGUAGUGAUUGCGUCUUCUAAUUCUAUAAAGGAUUUUGAUAUGUCUUUAAUACUUUUCCCUAGCAGUGCUGUGUCAUCAGCAUAUGCAAGAUACUGAAGGGGUUUAUUUUAGAGAGUGCCCCUUUUGGUUGUGGGUCUUGGGUUUCCCUCAGAAAGUAUCCUGUUAUUGUUCCUCGGGUGUUAAUAUGCAUGCUUCUUAUAACUCUCUAAUGUGGCGUCAAAUAGCACACAGACAGUGAGUCUCCUUGUCUUAGGCCUCGUCUAAUCUUAAAUUGAGUUGACUAUUCUCCUUGAGCCUUAAUUUUGCUUUUUGAGUUGUUCAUUGUUACAUGUAUCAGUCUUGUCAUUUUUUUGGGUAUGCCAAACUCCUGCAGAGUCUCAUAUUGAUAUUUUCUUUUGAUGCUGUCAUAGACCAUUUUAUAGUCCACAUAGAGUUGAUGUACUGGGAUAUUAUAUUCACAGAGUUUCUCUAAUAGGCAUCUUUUGGUGAAAAUCUGAUCAGUCGUUGAUCUGUUUUGCCUGAAUCCACAUUGGUAAUCACCUAGUGUUUCUUCAGUGUACUGUUGUAGUCUUUGAAGCUAAAAAUACUGACGAUUUUGUAUCAAACAUUUAAUAAGGAGAUUCCCCUGUAGUUUGUGCACUGAAGUUUGGAGCCUUUCUUGUGUAUUGGGGCUAUUAAUGCUGUUUCCCAUUCUGUUGGGAUUUUCUCUUGUUGCCAAAUUUUAGUCAUAAGUUUAUGUAUCUGAGUGUGUAGUUCUCUUCCAUAUUUAAUAAGUUCCACUGUGAUGAGGUCUUCUCCAGGGGCUUUGUGGUUUUUCAUAUAAAUAAUUAAUUCUUUAGUUUCUCCUAGAGUUGGGGAGCUAAUAAAAGGGUCUGGUCCUCCAUGUGGUGGUUGGUAAUCUUCAUCUUGUCUAUUGUCUGCAUUCAGUAUGUCCUAAAAAUAUUCAACCCACCUCUCCAGUACUUAACUAUUUUUCAUGAUUAAUUCUCCAUUGUGGCUCUCACACAUUUGCUGUCUGGCUUGGUAUGCAUUCUUUUCAUCUUUUAUCUUCAUGUAUACUCCUCUCAUGUUUCCCUCUCUUGAUAAAUCUUCUAUUUCUUUUAGUUAAGCUUUUUCCCAUUCCCUCUUUUUCUUCCUACACAUUUUUGUGGCUUACCUUCUGGCUUCCUUGUAUGUUUGUGUUGUCUUUCUGGUUUCCCUUUGUAACAUGAUCAUUCGUGCUUUGUUCCUUUCUUUUACAGUCUCUUUGCAUUCGUUAUCAAACCAGCCUAGACUAGUUUGCUGGAAUCCUACUACUUUUUCUGCUGAUCUUUUCAUUGCAUUUUUUAUCCUAUCCCACUGUUCAUGUAUGUUGUUUUCCCUGUUCACUUCCUCCUGUGAUGCUUCUAGCUAUGCUUCUACUUCAUUUUGGUAAUAUUUUGCAGUUAGUGGGUCUUUGGUAAGCUUUUGGUAAUCGUAUAGCUUCUCUCUUUGAUUACAGCCAUCGUGAAUUAUGCUUAUUCUCUGCUUAUAUUUAAUCCUUAAAAGUUGAAGGUCAGAGUCUGCAUCUGCUCCUCGAUAGCUUCUUACAUCUAGUAUGUCUGAUCCAUGCCUCCGAUCAAUUAGAACAUGGUCAAUUUUGUUGUGGGUGAUUCCAUCUGGACAGUUCCAAAUAAAUUUAUGUAUAUUUUUUUCAGGAAACUUGGUUCUGCUGACUCACAUCCCUUUUCCUAAAGCAAAGUCUUUGCAAAAUUCUUCAUGCAGACUCUCCUUGCCAAUAGUCUGCAUGAACACCUUUUCUUUUCCUAUUGUGUUAUUUAAGUCUCCAAUCACUAUUUUAAUAUCAUGUUGUGGUGCCUCUUUGUAGAUCUUUUCUAGUGUCUCAUAAAAGGAUUCUUUAUACUGAUCUUUAGUGUCUGUGAUGGGUGCAUGUACAUUUAUGAAUGUUUUUUUGAACAUUUUUCCUCGCACACACAAAGAACACAAUCUUUCAUUUUCUGGUUUGAAGCUUAUGUCUACGCUGACUGCUUCUUUUUUCAUGUCAAAUCCUGUUUCUAGAGUGUUGGUGUUGUUACCACUAUAAAAUAUGGUGUUCUGUUUUGAGGAUGUCAAAAUUUUUCCAUCGAAUUUCUUUCAAUGCAGCAAUAGAUAUUUAUAUUUAACCAGUUGAUUUACAAGGUUGGCUAAGGCUCCUGCUCUAAACAGGUUUAGUACAUUCCAAGUCGCAAUCCAAAAAUCAUGUCUAUAUCCAUGGAUAGGUCCAUUUCCAUAGGUAUUAUUCCAAUUUUAUUCUGUUGAUUGGCUUUCGUAACGUUAAUUUUUUACAUGUCUGGGUUGUUAGCCCUGCACAUAACCGUCUGUGGGGUUGCCCCUUACAGCUCUCUGGAUAGCUGCCUUAGUUUUUGGGUAAGGUUCCCUAGCCUUUGUGGAUCCCUCCACUUCCUACAAGGCAGUAGGUUCUGAUUUUGGUCUGCCCCGGGUAUUUUAUUUCCCCGGUACCCUCCAUAUCAGGUGGGCUUUCCCCUAUCCGCCACCUGGGGAGGUGCUCGAUGGAAGAUCAUUAUCUCCACACGAGAAAUAGACUGGUCAAGAUUACAAUAAUUGUUGCUGUCCUUCUUGCUAUUUAACUAAUGAGAAUAUGUGUGUCAUUUUUAAUCAUAAACAAAGCUUUACAUGACAAUCACUCUUUUUUGAUGUUUUUUUUUAUUGUUUUUUUUUUUCAAAUAUUUUUUAGUGAACCGUUAUUCUGCAAUUUUGAUCCCUGCUUGUCCUGGUGCCCUCCAUGACCUUGUAUCAAACAGUGAUCUAGGUCAAAUAAUUACACAUUUUAUAAAAGAAAAAAGUAAGUCAUGAUAAUGAGUAUUGCUUUCGGCACAAUAAGUUUCUUGGACCAGUGAAACCAAUAUACAAUAUUUAGAUGAAUCAUUUAUAAUGGAAAUAAAAUCUUGCCCAAUAAGUAUAUUUAUUUAUUCAUUCCUCUGGCAUUCAAAAGUUUUCUAUCUGUUAAAGGGGCCAUCCAUAAAUGACAUCACACACCUAAAAGAGGGUGGGGUCCAUAAAUGACGCCACACGUUGCGGGGUGGGGGGAGGGGGGGUGGAGCAUCCAUAAAUGAUAUCACACAACUAACGGGUGAUGGGGAUGUCUCAAAUUUGUGACAGUUUUAUAUGAGGGUUUCCAAAUAGUUGGAAAUAUUUUUAUUUAGGUGGGCGUGGAAUAUGUCAGCGUAAUUUCAUUUAUGGAUGGGCUUAAAGUAGUACAUUUUUAUUUCAUCGUUUUUCAUUAUAAUGUUAGAUGUCUAUUUUCACAUUUACAAAAACAAGCCAUUUUGAUUUUAUCUCACAUAAGUCAUUCAAAGAAUGUCAAAAUAGGAUACAAUAUAUAACCUAUGAUAAUGGAAUGUCUAUUGAUAUAUUAACUUUUUUUCAAAUGCUUCUACUACUAAUGAAUGAACUCAUUUAAAAUUGUGGUAUUUAAAAUAUUUAUGGGAAUUUUUAAAGUGAAACAAGGCAAUACCGGUACACAAAAAAUACCUUUAAAAAAAUAAUAGUUUCAUUUGGAUGAAAAACAUUUCUAAGAGGGCUUAUCAAUAUGGGAUUAUCACACUUUUAAGCUUUAUAAAUUAUUGGUAGUUUCUCAUAUAAAAUUGUGUUGAUUUGUUUCAUUCCAGAACCAAUCUGUGCUGUAGGUCAUGGGGUGGCAGGCCUGUUCUCAGCCAGGAGAGAAGAUGGUAAAUCAUGGUGGCUAGAGGAGUAUUGCCUAACAGCUGUUAGUUUUAUUUUUUUUUAGUAUGUUCUAAUUAGAGAUUUUAAAUCAUGAAUAUAUUUCUGACUAUCAGUGUAGCAACAAAAAUUGGUUUUAAAAAAAUCCAGUGUAAUUUUGGAUUCUUUCUUUGUUGAAAAUUACAAAAAGUCACAACAUUAUUUUAUUAUUUUAUAAACUAGAAAAUAUGACACAUUGUUACAAGGGUAGUAAUGGUAGGCUAUAAUUUGGGGGCUCUUAUACUCACUCUUAUGGCUCACAAAAACAAUCAUGUCCAAACAAAGAAUAACUUUCAAUUAACUUAGUAGUUUUAAUGUACUCAGAUGACUGCCACUUGCAAUAAUAAGUAUUUUGUUUAAUUGGAUCAUAAGAAUUAGAAUAUUUCUCCUUCAAGCAUAAUAAAAAAUAGGGCUGUAAUUUAGCAAGGAUUUCAACAUAAUGAUAAUAAGUUUGCCGGCAACACAAAAUCCUUUCUAAUAAGGAUAUUAUAUACCAUGCUUUUAAUCAUUCAUCGAAGUAAUGAUUUUUCUUUUUAAAAGUCAUAAUAGCAUGAAAAAACAUGUUGAUGACGUGGGGAAACAAGAAAGCUGCAUUUUAACUAAAUAAGAAUUUAUGUUCUACUUUGUACUCAAUUUUCACUGCCUAUGUAUAAAGGAGUGCUUCAGCUUAGUUGAGACUUUGGUUCCCCAGACAAUCUUCAUCUCAUGAUCAUCAAGAUUUUAGUUUUUAAGUUUUAAAUUAUCAUUUUUUUGUGUGCAUAUUUCAAUAACUUUAUACUUUUUGGCUCUUACCUUAAAGCCUUCAUUAUUUGAAGUGGGACAUCUGCCAGAAUUUACUACAAUGCCUGUGAUACCUGAAGAUUUUAUUAAAGAUCAUGGUGGAAAAUAUACAGGUACAUUGUGUAACAGCUACGUUGAAUCGCAAAAAAAAGGAGUUUGCAUUAUUUUAAACAUUUCCAUUUAUGAAAGAAAGCUGAAGUUUAAUAUCGUCAUAUUUUUCACAUGGCAAAAAUCUUUCCUUUAAAUACAUGCAUGCAAGAUAAGUUGCUGAGCUUCUCCUGUCUGUUGCAGCCACAGAGCCCGAUGGCGUCCAUGUUGUCAUUGACAGAACAGUCAUCACUGGACAGAACAUUCAGUCAACUGUUACAGCGGUACAGAACCUCAUUCUGAUGUGUAGUCAGAAGUAGGUCACAAAGAACUGAGCCAUCGUGUACUUAUAAUUCUCUCCCUGCUCUCUCAGAUGUAGGUCAUGCUACAGAAAUCCAAUAUAGGUUCUCCCAUCCAUCCUUUACCUUAUUUUUUUUUUCUUUAACAUUUAUAAUAAUUACCAAUACUUUUUUUGGAAGCGAUAUCAGAUAUUCUCGGGAGUCGACUGCUGCUUUCUUUUAAUUAUAAUGCAACCUUUCUCAACCUUUUUAAUGUCAGUCUGGCAAAGUCAUUUUUUUUUAAAUUGUUUAAAUUAAAUUCUUUUAAAUCAGUUUCACUGAAGCAUUUAAUGCAUAAUUAAAAACUGAUAUGCUCAAUAACUGAGAAAGAAAUUUUGUUUCCCUUGGAUACAUUUUUUUUUGGUGAAAAAAAAUGCUAUUUUUUUUAAAAAAAUGAUUGUAAAGUUGAAGUAGAUAUUUCAAAUAGGCUUUAGACUAUUUAUCCAUCCUUUUUAAAUACAAGACUUUGUCAGCUCUUAUGUAAACAAGGAUGAUUUAAAUGUCAAUUAGCUGACAGCACAAGAUACAAGGUAUUAAUAUUAAUAUACUCAACAUAUAAUUUGCCAGUUGAUUGAGACUUGGAAUAGUUCAAACUAUGUUUUACUACUUGUUUUUGUUUCAAUUGUCCAUAAUCUAAUUGCAUGAAGUUGAAGCAUUGUAGAGCAUUAUCUCAACGCACCGUUUGCGUGACUCAACCACCCAAAUCAAAGCUGUCAAUUUAUUUUGAAUCAUCCAGUUGCAAAGUGGUUGAAAGUGGGUGUCAACUUUGAUCCCUCAAUACCUUUAAAAUCCCACCUGGCUACUUUGAUCCCUCAAUACCUUUAAAAUCCCACCUGGUUACUUUGAUCCCUCAAGACCUUUAAAAUCCCACCCGGUUACUUUGAUCCCUCAAUACCUUUAAAAUUCCACCCGGUUACUUUGAUCCCUCAAUACCUUUAAAAUUCCACCCGGUUACUUUGAUCCCUCAAUACCUUUAAAAUUCCACCCGGUUACUUUGAUCCCUCAAUACCUUUAAAAUCCCACCCGGUUACUUUGAUCCCUCAAUACCUUUAAAAUCCCACCCGGUUACUUUGAUCCCUCAAUACCUUUAAAAUCCCACCUGGUUACUUUGAUCCCUCAAGACCUUUAAAAUCCCACCCGGUUACUUUGAUCCCUCAAUACCUUUAAAAUCCCACCCGGUUACUUUGAUCCCUCAAUACCUUUAAAAUCCCACCUGGUUACUUUGAUCCCUCAAUCCCUUUAAAAUCCCACCCGGUUACUUUGAUCCCUCAAUACCUUUAUAAUCCCACCCGGUUACUUUGAUCCCUCAAUACCUUUAAAAUCCCACCCGGUUACUUUGAUCCCUCAAUACCUUUAAAAUCCCACCCGGUUACUUUGAUCCCUCAAUACCUUUAAAAUUCCACCCGGUUACUUUGAUCCCUCAAUACCUUUAAAAUUCCACCCGGUUACUUUGAUCCCUCAAUACCUUUAAAAUCCCACCCGGUUACUUUGAUCCCUCAAUACCUUUAAAAUUCCACCCGGCUCUGUAAGCUUCUCCCUUACUCUCAAUUUGCUCUCAUCUAUAUUGCUGUAUCAACAUAUUAUACGUAUAAACUUUCAAAGGGGAUUUUAGGUAACUUUUUAUUUUAAAAUUUUUGUUUUCAAUUUGUCAGUGAAAAUAAUCUAUAACUUAAGAGGGAACUAAAAAAAAUCUAUCAAGAUUCAUAUUUUUUCCCUUAGCUUUCAAAGAAGUUCUGGUCCAAGUAAAAUUCUUAAGAAAUCAAAAUUAUAUUUUAAUAGUAAUGAGACGUGACUGAAUAGAAAUUUCACAAUAAUUUAUUUAUUGAAUGCAUUUUAAAAUAUUUUAACCAAAGCAACUAGUUAGCAAUUAUUCCACUGACAUUAUGCCUAGCACUACUUAUUUCUAUUGGACUGAGUGGAGACUCGCAAACUGCAAAUAAUUAAAACAUUUGGGUAACAUCCGUUUUCAAAAGAUAUUAUUUUUAUUUUUUUAUCAAAUCAUUUUGCUUUUCAGCUGAAAUUGUUGAUUCUUCAGAGGUAAUUGAUUUAAGACAAACUAGCUUACUUUUAACUAUUUUAAUAUAUACAUAUAUAGAGAUAUAAAGGUGCUUUGGCUUAAACUUAAAGUAGUUUUAAUUAGAUUUUUUUAUGUUUGAAUGGCACGCGUCCCACUUGAUAGAUUAAUGGACCAUAUUUUUCUGUUUGGGUAAUCUCCAUUAGCCUUCAGCUGUAGGGUUUGUAGCCCAAGACAGCAAAGGAUAGUUGUUGGAGGUUUGCCUCUCUUAAAUGCACCAGCAUUUGAGUCCCAACUAACGAGGCGUCUGUUGUUGUUUUUUUGGAUUAGUUUUUUUUGGUCUUAGUAUUUUUGGGAGUUUGAACUCUUGUCUUGUCCAGGUGUUGACAAACACAUUAAAAUCAAUGGUGGCACAGAAUUCGGACCACAAUAUUAAGUUCAAACUCACAGACCCAGCUUGCCGUCCUUUUACAGGGAACAAAAAGGUUGAAUUCUCUGGACAACAGACUGUUAUUCCAGGAUUUAUUUUCCUUAAAAGUUCCUCUUGAAAACACUUCAACAUUAAUUAUGAAAACUUUCCAUGCAUAGCCGGCUUUGCCAAAGACGACCUGACAUUUCUCAAGUCACCCCUAAAGGUCUUUCAGCUUAAACAUUACUUGUGUCCAGACACUGUUUUCAGACUUGCUUUACAACAGCUGCAGUUUUAUGCUGGGAUAAUUGCAGCAAAGCCAUCUUUUGGGUCCAGAUGUUCUUGUUACAUAAUUACAGGCUCAAUAUUAAAAUGUUACCCAUGUAACCGCACAGACUUUUGCUUCUUCUUGGAGGAUAGACCCCCAUCUAGUAGGACUGACCCUAUCUAGUAUAUUGUAAUAAUGCAUCACAUUCACCUAUACUCUCAUAAACUUGCUUAUCCACAAAGAACUAUCGUCCAAUGAGAUUCAAACUCAGGGCUGAAUAUGAACUUUUUUUUUUUCAUCAUGGAACAUAUUGAUAAAAAUCAAUCAACCUCAUUGGUUACAAUACCUUGACAAACACAUGCACUGACUUAAUUAUAGAGCCUCCAUUAAUAUUUUCUUUUCCCUAGCUUGAGAACUUUCCCUAUUGAGCUUAUUGAUAUAUAUUCAGUUACAGCACUCUUUUGUUCUUAAGAUUACAUUUGCUUUUAGGAAUAAUUUUAUUUUUUAUAUAUAUAUAUUUUUUUUUUACACUAAGUAAAUGAUGGUAGAGUGACAAAGCCUGGAAGUAAUUUAAUGCUAAUAUUAUCUUUUCUCUUAUACAGUGUAGCAUGUUUGCUUAACCUUUCAUCCUUAUGCACAAUACCAUAGCAAUGUGUCCACAGCUGAUGUACAGCUGUACCUCGUAAUAACGGCUACUCACUAAAUGAAGUUUCCCAGUAAUGGCGCUCUUAAUUCUCCGUCCGCUAUACUCACCACUACUCGAGUGUUGUGCAGAAGGAUAUGCACACAUGAACGAACAGAGGCUAUUGCCAAACUGUGUUGCCAUGUAUCGCAAUGCAUGUGGUCAGUCUGUUUACAGUCUUCAUGCAUUCUGCAUCCAUCUCACAAACUUUCCAAACUUUAUAUUAUAUAUUAAUUUUUAAUUCAAUUCUUUGCGCUCAGAAAUUUUAUCAUUUGAAACCCUGCCAAAAGGGAAACAACUUCACCCCUACUGCAGACAGGUUUUAAAAAAAAAAAUGUAAACAAAUCAAUUUAACAGUAUAUUUAUAUGAAAUUAAUUUAUUUACAUUCAUAAUUGGUUCCCUUAUGUGUUGUAUAACAUUAUUUCCCAAUGGUUUUGUUUUAAUUCUUAAAAGUCAAUUUAUGAAGAAUUACUUGAAUACUAAUGAUCAUAACCAUAAAACAUAAAUUAUAAACUGUGCGUACUAAUUAUGUAUUUAAAGGUAAACAUUGUGUAAAUUUCCCUUUCUAUCAUUGUUUUUAUAGUUAUUUUUAUUGCACACUUAAUAUUUAUUAGUACAUAGUAUGUAUUUUCGCUUGCUGCACUUGUGAGGCAAAAAAAAAGUCUUAAUUUACUUACCUACAAUUUUGACUUAACAGCGAGGUUUUGGUUCCAAUUAUGCCGUUACUGCGAGGUACUGCCGUAUAUGGCUGAUAUAUUAAUAUUUAAAUUGACUUUAAUUUUAUGAAAGUAAAUAGCAAACAGUUAAAAUCUUUUUACCUAAUAACAAACAAUUUUUUAAAAAAUUACAUAAAUUACAAUCAGUCAAAAAACAUUUUACUUAAAUAACAAAAAAUUAAAACAUUUUACCCAAAUUACAAACAGUUAAGUACAUUUUAGCAAAAUAGCAAACAGUAAAAAAACAUUUGACCUAAACAGCAAACGGUUACACAUGACUCUAUAGCUUGAAUAAAUGUUUCUUUUCUUCUUAAUGUGUUAUAUUAGUUAAGUAAAAAUGGUUGUCUUAUCUGAGUGCAUAGGACUUGACUUUCUAUUCCCAGCCAUGAAAAAUAUAUUUCAUGUUUCAUGUAGUGAGCUGUAAUUAAAUUGUAAUUAUGAUAUUAAAAUUACAGGGUGAUCUUCAAAAAUAAAUUGAUAUGAUUUAUCAAGGGAUAUAAUUGAUAUAUUAAAAAUAUGGGGGGCUAUAAUUACGGUUACUGCUACUCAGUUUUGUAAAAUUUGAACUCUGUUAAUUAAAUCAGCCUUAAAUUAUUUUACUGUAAACAAGUUUGAUUCAACUAGUUCUGCUUUAUUGUCAACAGACAAGUGAAAUCUGCCAUCAUCUCAACAAAUGCCAAGGUGAUGUGAGUUUAAUCAUUCCAAGGACUUGUACUUUCAUCAUUUGCUGGAUCAUUCACCAUAAGCAGACUUAUUUGUUUCUGAAGUUGAAUAUUGAAAAUAAAAACUAAUGGUGGCUUUUUUCCCCGAAAAGCACAAAAAAACAUGGGGAAAGUUCGCAACAUUACUACAAGAACGGCGUACGCUACAACCAUUUAAUUUUAUGAUUGGAAUAUCAAAUCAUAUUUCAAUUUCAGACCACCUGUACCACACUUUAAAAAAAACACCAAAUUUUCAAUGUACAUUAUUUAUUAAAAUAUCUGUUUCCAUUCUCUUACAUAGCACAAGCAUGAAUGUAAUGUGGCAUGAAGUGGUAAAAUCACAUUACACAUUUUAAUGAAAUAGACAAUGGUGUUGUUAUUUAGCUGAAUUAUUUUCUAAUAUUAUCUCAGUCUUUUUUUAAUGGUAAUUCUUAUCUUGCAGUUGCAGUAGCAAUUUUUGUUUGUUUGUAACGAGUUUUUUUUUUUUUUUUUUUUUUUUAAUAAAGGGACCCCUUUUUUUUUUUUUUUUUUUUUUUUUUUUUUUUUUUUUUUUUUUUUAAAUAAGGGAUCACCUGUUUAAUAAUCUAACUUAAUAAUCUUAAAUUUCCAUUUACGGAUUGUAUUUAGAUUUUAUUACAAAAUUUGCGCUGUGUGCAAAAUAAAAUAUCUUCUAAUCACUCUGCUUUAGUUUAAGGCUCAGGGGCUCACAGAAAUAUGUUAACUAUUUAAUGGCAUCUAAAAACAUUCAAUAACUUGAAUGAUGUUUGCAUUGAUUAGAUGAGCCCUACUCAUUUUAACAAGCUGGUUGAAUUUUUUUUAAGGCAGCCUUUUAAUUAAAAGUGUCAUUGGAGACUGUGUUAAAUUCUUGAUGAUGUGUAAAUGUGGUAUGUGAGAGGAUGAAUGCCGUUGUAGUUGUAUGUUUUAGAACUUUAAAUUGAGAAAUGUAAUGCUGGUGUUUGCUGUGCAAUCAUUAAUUGAUGAUGAAGAUACAUGGAGCUGUUGUGAUGGUAUCCUCACUUAAUAAUAAAUAAACAUACUAAAACAA